UCAGGUAAGACGUGUAAAAUGAGAAAAUUCAAAAUCCUUCAAACUUUGUCAGAAUGUAGGCCUAUAUAAAGUAUUAAUGUUGUGAAAGUUUUAUUUCGAUCGGAUAAAUAUUGAAGAAGAGAGACGUCAAAAAUGGUUUUCCCAGGCCACUUUCGGUUUUUAGAGGUCAUUUUACGGCACAACCAAAAUCGCUCUAUUUUGCACGAUAAUGGGAAUCAUUUCACAAAAUAUGAUUUCGUCUUAUAAAUUAGAGUUAUUUAUUGAGUAGCAGACGAAAUUUAGAGACACUGUUCUUUUAAAAGUGAAUAUUUUACAGAUUGUCUUAAUGUUUUUUAUUUUUGAACCUCUUUAUUAUAUGCCAUAUUAGGCAGCGAAUAUCUCCAUUGUUACAUCGAUUCAGACAAAAAAUUCAUAACCAGGUCAAAGAAAUAUGUUUUCGCUUGCUAUUGAUCAAAUAAAAUUUUGGGGCAACUUAGAAUUGAAUUUUUGACGAAUUUUUUCGUAACCCCUAUUUGACCCGAAUAACCGUAUGUUAUAUAAUCAGCGUCGAGUCAUGUAGUUCAAUAAACAACCAAAUUAAGAGCUCGUCAAAAGCGUUUAUUUCUUCAAGUAAAUAAGCAUAGGCCUAUAAAACUACCUUAGCUAAAGCUGUACGAUUAGUUAGAAGCAUUUAGGUCUAAAUCACACUGUUUACAGUCGCUUAUUGUUCAGGUAAUGCCCGAUAGCCGGUGCCGCUGAUUUGGCUGAUUUGGUUUCAAUUAUAUUUUAUCAGGGAUAUGCCGCGAUAAGUAUAUAGCGAGUAUAUUUUCUCUCCCCCUCCCAUAAACAUGUGUUCUCUCACGACUCGUCGUGCUUAUAUACUUUUCGUCAGGGGCGGCGGAAGAGGGGGGCUAGGGGGGGGCUAAAGCCCCCCCCAGAAAAUUUGAAGUUUUGGAAAAAAUUUUUAUAAUUAGGGAAAAAUUUAGGUUAUUUUUUGAAAAUUUAGGUAUAAGGGGACAAAUUUGCAAUAUUUUGUUUAAAAAAAGUGUAUUUCCGAAAAAAAUUUUUGAUAUAAGUCCGAAAAAAUUUUUUUCGUCCCUUUUUUUCUAUAUUGUAUCCCUAAAGUGGUACACUGACCGAAAUUUUUUUGUACAUAAUAUUCAUCGUACAUAAAUAGUGCAAGCGCUUUUUGUCAAAAACAUCGCAUUGUUUUGACGUAUUUUUAGUAGUAUGUCCGGUUGGGUUAGCUCAUUUCGAGCCUCGAGCUCACAGCAGGACAAGAAAUGGAAAUACCGUGAUAUUAAAAGAUGCAAAUUUGAAGAUACAGGUUUGCAAAUAACACUCUGAAUAGUGUUUUUGAUGGGGAUUCGAACAAGACUAUUACAAAGGUAACAUGUUUGAAGGGGCCGAAGUUAUUUUCGGCGAAAGGUAUGGCUAGUCUAUAUUUUUGUUCAGACAAUCGCGUAAUGCACUAGUCAAUCGAAGUCCCGGCCCCCCACCCCCGGGGAUAUACCGGGUUUUAACGGGACUUUGCGGGGGAAAUACAGGCUUUUACAAACGUCGAUUGUUUGCUACCCGGGGUUUUAACACUGACUUAAAUAGCCGGGGCAUCAUAGCCGGGGAUUUAACGCCAUUUUUAACGCUCGCGUAUACGGCCUGGGAACUAAUCGAAUUCGCAUGCGUUUUCUCGGCCUUCUUCACAGAUUUCGUUGGAUUUUGAGUUCGUAUACAUACUUUGGCAUUUUUUUUGAUAUUAUGGGUGAUCAGAAUACAACAACGGAAGAGAAAAAGGUAAGGAAACGAUGUUUUUUUGGUUUAAUGGAAAUAUUAAUGUUAGGUUUUUUAUCAAACUGCGGAAAUUUGGAAAAAAAAACAUUUCUUUUUUCAUAUGUGAAUUGUAUAACUUCAUAUAUAACUUGAUUUUCAUAUAUGAAGAUUCUUAUAUGAAAUUACCAAAUUUCACAUGUGAAAUGGAUUUCGUAUAUAAAAUUUAUUUUUUCAUAUGUGAAUUGUGUAACUUCAUAUAUGACUUGAUUUUCAUAUAUGAAAAUUCUUAUAUGAAAUUACCAAAUUUCAGUGUGAAAUGGAUUUCAUAUAUGAGAUUUAGUUUUUCAUAUGUGAAUUGUAUAACUUCAUAUAUGACUUGAUUUUCAUAUAUGGAAAUUCUUAUAUGAAAUUACCAAAUUUCACAUGUGAAAUGGAUUUCAUAUAUGAAAUUUAGUUUUUCAUAUAUGAAAUUUAGUUUUUCAUAUAUGAAAUUAAAAUUUCAUAUAUGACCUGCUUUUCAUAUAUGGAAAUUUAAUAUGUGAAAAAGAGAAUUUCAAAUAUGAAUCUGAAAUUUCAUAUAUGAAAUUACCUUUUCACAUGUGAAAUUCUAAUUUCAUAUAUGAACUUUAAUGUGAAAUUUUUGUAAGGGUACACGCGACGUUUUUUCAAUGCAAUAAUUACACGCGACGUUUUUUCCAACAAUUACACUCGCCGUUUUUUUAGAGUUACGUUUUAAACUGAGGGUUUCACUUCGGAUGAAGAUGGGAGCAAUCAUAAGGUUAGUGUGUUUCAUCACAACAAAAAAUCAAUAUGUAAAUACAGCACAAAAUUUCACUUUUCAGUCGGUUUAAUUAUCAAUAUAAUGCAUUGUUUUCUUUUGUGUUUUCCAAACUAUAUAAACAAAGGCUUUGUGUGUUUUGCCCGGGUCGUAUAUUUAUUUUCCUUGUUGCACUUCUUCAUAUAUAAACUGUGUCUUGCCAGAUCGUAUAUACGCCUGCAGUAGUAAAUUAAAAUCUGGCGUUUGAAGUUUACGCGUUUGGCGUAUAAAUUUUACGCUUUAACCAGGGCUCUUAUAUACUAUAUAUAUAUAUAUAUAUAUAUAUAUAUAUAUAUAUAUAUAUAUAUAACUGUGUUUGAGGAAACAUGUCUGGUAUAAUAUUCUUGUGGUUUUGUUGAAUUUUUCUUCAGACAUACAAAGUAAAAACUUUUAUUCGUAAAAUAAAGUUUUAAAAUCCCAAACGUUUCGCCGAUCAAGGCUUCUUCAGUGGGAAACUAGUUAAAAGUCAUAUAAUGUCCCUAUAUAUAUGCAAGUCCGUCAAUACUCAAUAGCCAAAAUUACAAUAUAUAAAACUAAUUAGAGAUAAAACGACUGUCUUGAUUACAUGUACAGGAUUAAAAAAAAUUAAAAUUAAUUAUAUAUACAAGAUUUAAGAAAAUUAAAAUACUAAUUGUAUAAAAGUGUUCUCCCAGUACAGCCAUUCAUAAUUUUGUCGGCAUUGUUUCGUAUCUCGACUGCUUCAAUGUACCUUCGCUCCUCUUGGUUGCGGAUAUGUGUGUGUAAAAGUUUCCAACUUAUUUCAGCGUCCUCAGGUCUCUGAUUGUGGGAAAUUAUGUGUCUGUAUACGGUCUGCUUGUCCAUUGAUAAGUGUUCUUUAAUUCUUUGGCCUAUUGUUCUUCCUGUCUCGCCGAUGUAUAUAAUAUCGCAGGUCGUGCAUGUAAUUUGGUAGACCACAUUCUUCGCUAAGCACUGGUUACGCUUCGAUGCUAAUUUACACGUUACGCAUUUGUCAGGACAAUUUGGUUUAUUUCUUGGUGGUGCGAACACUUUAGCCAAUGGUCUGCCAUUCUCAAAAUAAAUUUUAAUGUUUGCUAUACCUGAACGGCGUACGACACCCAAUGCCCGUCGUUUAAGUUCUUCAUUAAUGAAGGGCAUUUUAAUGUAAAUAGUUUUCUGUUGUUCGUCGUCUUCAUUUCGUGUGGUGGUAGUUACACGUGACGCAUUUCGAAUGGUCGUUCGUAUCAUUUCUCUGGGGUACCCAUUGUUUAAAAACAAUUCCGUCACUGUGCUUAACGAUUUCCUUCGAGCUUGUUGAUUGGAAGAGCAAUAGAUGGCUCGCUUGAUUUCGCCAACAAGUAUCGCUCUUUUUGAUGCUAUCGAGCCGUGGCUGCCCCAGGGUAUAAUACAACCACUGUGUAUGGGUUUCCUAUACAGGCAUGUAGAAAACGUUUUGGUAUCCGAAUUAAAAGUAACUAAUGUGUCGAGAAAUGGCAAUUGGUUGUUAUUGGGUAGUUCCAGUGUAAAUUUGAUUGCAUCAUUUUGGUCACUAGCUAUCUUUAAAAGUUCUUCGGCGGUAAUUUCUUUAGAAAAUAGGGAACCAAAGUAAUCAUCAAUGUAUCUUUUAAGGCUGACACGACCGUUUGUUUUCUCAAUGAUAAGAGAAUCGAUUUCAUUCAUGUAUAUUAUGGCUAGAGUUGGAGCUAAGUUGUUGCCCAUAGCUAAACCUGAUUGCUGUUUGUAAGCCUUACCUCCAAUUAGUACCGUGUCACUAGAUAUACAUAAACGAAUAAGUGCUUCAAAAUCGUCAUCACUUAAUGCCCACAAUUGGCAGUCUGUUUUAUAUUUGGAAAAGAAUUUCUUGACAACAGUAAAAACUCCGAGUGUUUUAGUAUUAAUGUCCUCCAACGGUAUUGAACCAUAUAAAUUAGAAACGUCAAGACUGCAAAAUUGAUGAACUGUUUCACCUUCUAUGGUCAUAAGAUAAUCAACAAAUUCUCGAGUGUUUUUGAGAUGAGCAGGCACAUGUUGUAAAAGUGUGUUUAAGGGUUUAGAAAGGUAUUUAGCCAAACAAGUUGCUGGUGUAUCAGUUGCCGCAUGUAUAGGUCUGCCCUUAAGCUCGCCUUCUUUGUGAUCCUUAGGUAGGCAGUAAACAGAACAAGGGAGCGGCUCGCUACAAACGGUAGAUUUUAAUUGUUUGUGAAGAGUAGGGUUGCUAUACUUGUAUUUAUUAGCAAUAUUGUUCAGCUUACCAUUAAACUUGAUUUGCUCUGUGCGAGGUAGGUUAGAUUUCUUUAGUGAUUGAUGAUUUCCUGUGUCGACGGUAGAUUUCUGAACCAUAUCUUUAUAGCAGGCGGAAUCAAGGGCGACUAGUCGUUUUGUCUUGUCAGUAGAUGUGAUGACAAUGCUCUCCGCAGGUUUCUUGUAUGAUAGUUUUUUCGACUUGAGAAUUUUAGCACCGACUUUUUCGCAUUCCUCUAUGAUACGAGUCAUCCCUCCCGUUAACUCGUUUAGGGCACUUUCGGGAAUGUGUUCUUCUUUAAGUCGAUCGGUCGCUCGUUGCAAACUCGCCUUGGACAAUAAGCAACGUUUCGGUAAUUCCUUGGGUUCAGCAUUUACGAAUGAAGGGCCAUUAUGCAAGAUGUUAGUUAGCUGGGGUUCUAGAUGUUUCGUUGACAUGUUUUUAAAUCCCUGUGGUUUGUUUAUGGUUGGGUGAUUGGUAGUACGUCGUGGAGCAAGCAGUUGAUUGAAUUUGCGUUUUUUUAUUUGGUCGAGCGAGGUUUGGAUAUUACUAAUUAGUUGAUCUUCUUGAUAGUUCAACGGGAAAACACAGCACCGGAUCUUCGACAGAAAACUAACUAACUAACUAACUACUUGACAGCUAGAUGCGAGUUUGUUGUGUGCGUAAGGAUGUUUUCAGCUUGAAGACCUUUAGGUAUGACUCUAUUCGACUUGCAUGUACGUAGAAACGAUAUAUGACUUUGGUGGCUAAUAAUUUUCUUAGCGAUACGAUACGAUGACUGUGUUGGAGGAAACAUGUCUGGUAUAAUAUUCUUGUGGUUUUGUUGAACUUUUAACUAGUUUCCCACUGAAGAAGCCUUGAUCGGCGAAACGUUUGGGAUUUUAAAACUUUAUUUUACGAAUAAAAGUUUUUACUUUGUAUGUCUGAAGAAAAGUUCAACAAAACCACAACAAAUAUAUAUAUAUAUAUAUAUAUAUAUAUAUAUAUAUAUAUAUAUAUAUAUAUAUAUAUAUAUAUAUAUAUAUAUAUAGUAUAUAUAGCACCCUGGCUUUAACGACUACAAGCCUUCGUAACAGUUUAAGCACAAAAUUUAUACGCCAAACGUAAACUUCAAAUGCUAAAUCUUAAUUUACUGCUUUGGUGAAUACAUGACUAUAGUGGUUAAUUUAUUUUCUUGAAUUACUGUUAAAUACCACAAGUUCAGUAAUUGUUUACUGUAAUAUAUUUCAAAACCGUUGGUGUAAAAGCUGUUAUAAUAGAGUUGUAAAAUCACAAACUUCGUUAGCGGUUUGACGUGUUGGCCGUAAAUGUCAAUCUAAAACUCUCUAUUAUGUGAAGAGGUUAUUUCGCUGGCCCCAGAGUGACAAAGCGUACCCUAAUCCUGCUCCUAUAACCUAACCGAAAAGUUUCGACGAAAUGUCAUUCUGAGGUCAGCGAAAUAACAUGUGGCAGUGGGAUAUAUAGCAACUCUGAAAUACCGAUAAAGAUUUUGUUUACUUUGGAAAACACAAAAGAAAACAAUGCAUUAAUUAUAUUGAUAAUUAACCGACUGAAAAGUGAAAUUUUGUACUGUUGUGAUGAAACACACUAACCUUAUGAUUGCUCCCAUCUGCAUCCGAAGUGAAACCCUCAGUUUAACAACAUAACUCUAAAAAAACGGCGAGUGUAAUUUUUGGAAAAAACGUCGCGUGUAAUUAUUAUAUUGGAUUGAAAAAACGUCGCGUGUAAUUAUUGCAUGAAAAAACGUCGCGUGUAAUUAUUGCAUGAAAAAACGUCGCGUGCAAUUAUUGCAUUGAAAAAACGUCGCGUGUAAUUAUUGCAUAUAUGAAAAAUGUCGCGUGUAAUUAUUGCAUUGAAAAUACGUCGCGUGUAAUUCUGAAGAAAAAAACGGCGAGUGUAAAUUUGAAGGGAAAAAAACGACGAGUGUAAUGCUAAAAAAAAACGGCGAGUGUUUACAGUCAUGGCCCUUCUCGGCCAUCGUAGUAUAGAAAUGAGCUCUUUAAACUUGUUCGGUAAAAGGCAACAGCUCUUUCAUUUACUUGUGCUUUCAACAAUUAGUAUGCAUGCCCUAUUUAACCCAUUAAGAUGCAGAGUUUCCUGUUGACGAGUAAAAUCGUCUGGCGUUAAACAAGUAAAAAAAUAUGUACUGGGGCGCAAUGGGUUAGCUAGAGACAUUGUCAGAUUUUUUGAUUUAGCGCCGAAGAGGCUAAAGCUGGGGGUCAUAUACCAUUUUUCGUUACUAAGAGUGUAGUUGCUUGAAGUUGCUUGAGCCGAAAAAGUUGCUCCAAACGCAAAAAGUUGCUCAAAAGUUGCCAAGCAUAUGCAAUUGGGACAUGCCUAGCAGAGCUUCGAGGGCCAAAGACCCGAGGGAAUUCUUUAAUUUAGAGUCUCUGAAAUGCCAUUUCCUGGACUUUGGGGAAGAUUUGACAGAAUUCUGAUGGUCAGAAAACAGCAUUUUAGUAUGUCGAAAUGUACAAUCUAGUAGCACUAAAUGGGCGAAGGCGUAUUUAAUUAACUACAGUAUAUCAAUAUUGGAUAAGUUGCAGGAAAGUAUGAGAAAUAUAAUCUCCAUUCUUUGCAGUUUGUCAUGGGUAAUGUAGCCGCUUAAAAUUAAUCAAUUUCAGUAUUUUAAAGGUAUAUUAUUUAAAUGAUUCUGCAUGAUUUUGGAAAAAGAAUGAUUAGCAUGAAUGAGAAUGAAAAAGAAUGAUCUGCAUGAUUUUGGAAAAAGAAUGAUUUGCAGUUGCUACGACCCUGGGUUAGGAAUAGGGUUAGGGUACAGGGCACUACGUCAAUGAACUACAAAGACCGCUAAACAGCUAGUGACUCGAACAUUUAACUCAGGCUUGGAUUUGACUCGGACUUGACACAGCAAACCAACAAACUCCUUACUAAAUUAAACCAUGUAUAAAAUACCUAGUAUAAACUAUGAUAUGCCAAACUUUCCCUGGACGUAAUGUUGCUACAUCACUUACUCGUUAAUUAUCUUUUUUAUUAAAAUGUACAUAAUUGGAAUAUGACAAAAAUUUAUGGCAAGUUCAUGGCAAAAGUUAUUGUUGUAUUAGCAUAUUAUUAGCAUAAAUCAUUAUAUGUAUAUAAGUAACCGAACUAGUAUUAAAGUCAAGUUAGUAACACAACAUGGUGGCAGCGGCGGGAUCUUGUUACAGGGCUUGUAAAUGAAGUAAAAGAGUGGAAGAGCGGUCGGUUGACGACUUAGAGGCGCCACUAACUUCUUACAAGACUCUAGUCCCUUGAUUGCGUUAGAGACAGCCAGAAUGGCAUCUUUUCAAGUGCAGCCUCCGGAAAAAUUUACUUUCAAGCCAGAAGAUUGGUUGAAAUGGAGUCGGAGAUUUGAGCGAUUUAGGAUGGCGUCUGGUCUCGAGAAAGAAAGCGAAGAAAGCCAAGUUAAUACCUUGAUUUAUUCAAUGGGUAGCGAAGCGGACGAUAUUGUGCAAUCUCUCAGUAUCGCUGAAGGCGACCAAAAGAAAUACGAUGUUAUUAAAAAGAAAUUGGAAGAUUUUUUCAUCAUCAAGAGAAAUGUAAUCUUUGAGCGAGCUAAGUUUAACUUGCGAAGUCAGCAGGAAGGAGAAACCGUCGACGUGUUUAUUACGGACUUGUUCAACCUUGCAGAACAUUGUAAUUUCGGUGUUUUACGCGAAGAAUUGAUCCGUGACCGUAUUGUUGUUGGAAUUCGGGACAAAGCGUUGUCGGAAAAGUUACAGCUCGAAGCAGACCUAACCCUAGAAAAAGCCGUGAACUUUGCCCGACAGAAAGAAAAUGUUAGAAAGCAGCAAGGGUUUCUUCGAGGCGACGGCAAACAGCAAAUCGACUAUGUGGGCGUGGGGAAAUUUGCAAAAAUAAGAAAGAAUGAGAAAUCAAACUUCAAAGAUCAAGACAGAGGACAAAUACACAAAGGCAACAGAAAAUGCAGUAGGUGCUUAGGACCUAUGCAUCCUAAGAAAAGCUGUCCAGCAAACGACUCAAAGUGUCAUAAGUGUGGCAAGAUUGGUCACUGGAAAAGAGCGUGUAAAAGCACAGCGAUCAGUGAAGUCAGCCGAGACACAGGUGAGAUCUUUCCAAAUGAGUUUUUUCUAGGCGAAAUAGUCGUAGAAAGCAUUGAAGCUGAACCGUGGAAAGCAAAUCUUACAGUAAAUGAUUGUAAGUUUCAAUUUAAGCUCGAUUCAGGUGCUGAUGUAACUGUAGUUCCGAAGUACCUUUAUGAUAAAUUGUCAAAUAAACGAAAAGUUAAGCUUCAAUCAACUGAUAAAAUACUAUUAGGUCCUUGCAAUUAUCGUCUCAAUUGUUUGGGAAAAUUUAAUGCUAGGAUAACCUCAAAGAAUAAAUUUAUUCUCGAGGAAAUUUAUGUUGUUAAAGAUCUGCGUAAACCAUUGUUAGGCAAAUCAGCAUGUGUAUCAUUAAAUUUACUUGGUAAAAUCAAUGAGGUGGAAAAUUCUAAAGCACCAAAAGAAAGCAAAUAUAAGCAACAAUAUCCCAAAUUAUUUAAGGGCUUAGGAGAGCUUGAAGGGGAAUAUGAGAUAAAAUUAAAAGAGUUGCCAGAACCUUUUGCUUUGAAUGUGCCAAGAAAAGUACCUUUUCCAAUGUUAGAUAAAACCAAGAAAGAAAUCGAGCGAAUGUUAAAAAUAGGCGUUAUUUCCAAAGUAGAUCAGCCAACAGUCUGGUGCGCCCCCAUGGUAGUUACACCAAAACAAAAUGGGGAGGUUCGAAUAUGUGUUGAUCUGACCAAAUUAAAUAAAAGUGUUUUGAGAGAAGCGUAUCCUCUCCCAUCAGUUGAUUUCACACUAGGGAAGUUAUCAAAAUCUAAGGUAUUUUCAAAAUUAGAUUCAAAUAGUGCCUUUUGGCAAAGAAAGCUCUCAGAAUCCUCUCGUUUACUAACCACAUUCAUUACACCUUGGGGACGAUUCUGUUUUAAUCGGCUUCCAUACGGCAUUUCUACUGGAAGCGAACAAUUUCAGAAAAGCAUGAAUAACGUCUUAGAAGGGUUAGAAGGGGUUGAGUGUGAGAUUGACGACUUAUUAGUCCAUGGAGAAUCACAAGAGCAGCAUGACUCUAGGUUGCAUUCAGUUUUGCAGAGACUACAGGAGUCCAAACUUACUUUAAACAGGGAUAAAUGUGUAUUUAGUGUCUCCACGAUUAAGGCAUUAGGUCAUGUUAUUUCAUCUAAAGGGAUAUCCCCAGACCCUGACAAAGUUAAAGCCAUUUUAGAUAUUCCUGUACCUACAAAUGUUGCCGAAGUUAGAUCUUUCAUGGGUAUGGUGAAUCAAUUUAAUAAGUUUACAAGUCAUCUCACAUCCAAAUCAAAACCACUCAGAGAUUUAUUAUGUAAAGAUUCUGUUUGGUAGUGGGGGGAUAAGCAAAAUCAGUCAUUUAAUGAUCUAAAGAAAUGUUUAAUUUCUGUCCCAAUUUUGGCUCUUUAUGACCCAAACAAAGAAACUAAGAUAAAUGCAGACGCAUCUUCUUACGGUAUAGGAGGGGUAGUCUUGCAGAAACAAGAAAACAAUGAGUGGAAACCCGUUUCUUACAUUUCACGCGCACUUACAGAUACAGAAUCUAGAUAUAGUCAAAUUGAAAAAGAAUGCUUGGCAUUCACGUGGGCGUGCGACCACCCAUACCCUAGACCAAAUACCACCACGAAUCCAAAGGUUCAGAAUGAGAUUAAUGAGAUUCAACUUAGAGAAAAUGACGCAUGUACCUGGUAAACAAAUGUACACUAGUGAUGCCCUAUCGAGAUUGUUAAAACCAUUCACUAAACCAGAUUGUUGUACCGUGCCAGAAGACGACAUGAAUGCGUUUGUUGAAACUGUGAUUAACUCAUUGCCUGUCUCAGAUAAGAAACUGAAAGAAAUUAUCGAAGCUCAAGAAGAGGAUGAAGUGUGCAAGAAAGUUAAGCAAUACUGUCUCGAAGGAUGGCCAGACAAACAUAUGGUUCCAGAUGCUGUGAAGUCAUAUUGGAGAGAAAGAGGAGAACUUAUGGUAGUCCAAAGCUUAAUUAUGAAAGGAACAAGAAUAUUGAUCCCAUCCUGUAUGCGAUUGAAUGUCUUGGACAAGAUUCACGAAGGACAUUUGGGAAUUACGAAGUGUCGAGAACGUGCAAAGCAGUCGGUAUGGUGGCCGGGAUUGAGCACCCAAAUCCAGGAUAUGGUACAGCAUUGUCGAACAUGUGCUAUGCAUAUGGUCAAUAAACCUGAACCGUUGUUCCCUACAUCGUUUCCAGAAAGACCAUGGCAAACUUUGGCAAUCGACUUUUUCAAAUGCGAGAACAUUGAUUACUUAAUUGUAGUUGAUUAUUUUUCACGGUAUGUCGAAAUCUGUCCUAUGAAGAAGAAUAAGACAGCAACCGAAGUUUGCAGAGUCUUGAAGUCCAUUUUCUCGCGACAUGGUAUCCCAGAGAGAGUUAAAUCAGAUAAUGGACCCCCUUUCGAUAGCGGCGAGUACCUCCAUUUCGCGAACGAGUGGGGAUUCGAAGUUCGUCACAGCAGUCCGAAGUACCCUCAGUCAAAUGGUGAAGUAGAACGAGCCGUACAAACCAUAAAGAGACUGCUCAAGAAAGAGAAAGAUAAAGAAAAAGCUUUGUUAGCUUAUCGAUCUACACCGUUAUCCUGUGGAUAUUCCCCAGCCGAGUUGCUGAUGGGAAGGAAGAUUCGUACAACGAUACCAACAUUCCAUAAAUUGUUAACACCGAAGUGGCCCGAUCUUAUUAAGCUACAAGAACACGAAGCUCAGUCCAAACUACAACAACAGAAGUACUUCAAUACCCGACAUUGUGCAAUGCCACUUAAACAAAUACCUCAAGGAACUGAAGUUCAUAUUUCCACCCACCCAGAAAAUGGUGUUGUAAAGACUAGUACGGAAAGUCCACGACAGUAUGAAGUUGAGACUCCAACUGGUGUUAUUAAACGAAACCGUGUUCAGUUGGUUCCACUGCCAGAAAAACCGAUCGCGCAAAGAGAAACUAGUGAGUCGAAUAAUAAUAUUCCUGAACUCAAUAUAUAUUCAAGGCCAAAACGAACUGUAAAAUUAUCGUUAAAAGCACGCGAGAGCAAAGGACUUGCUUAGAACUUAAUAGAACUAUAGAACCAGUAAAGUUAACUUAUAUUCAAUUAAAUUUUAAUUAGUCAAUUAUUGAGCAAAUUGAUUAACGAACACGUAGAUUAAUAUUUUUGAAAAACGUAAAAAAAAUAUUUAAAAAAAAGGGAGAUGUUGUAUUAGCAUAUUAUUAGCAUAAAUCAUGAUAUGUAUAUAAGUAACCGAACUAGUAUUAAAGUCAAGUUAGUAACACAACAGUUAUAAAGGUAGAUGUUCGAUUAUUUUUCGUAUUAGCUGCGCGCAUUACAUUUUGGGUAUUUGUGCAUUGCAUUUUGGGUCUAUCUGUUGAUUAAAAUUCAGAAUUUUGCUAGCUAUAUACAUGAAUUAAAUUUGCUGCUUUGCUCGCUCUCUGUGGUAGCAAUAAUCGUUACAUGUCAAAUUUUUCUCCACUAUAAUAAAUAACUGGACCCCCUCUUCUGAAUUAAUAUUUUUAAGUGCCCCCCCCCUUUUUCAGUCAAAAAUACCUCAUGACCCACCCCCUUUUUUGCCAGCCCACCCCCGGUCAUAAGUAAUGAAUGGUCCCUAAUAAGGCAGUAUCUAUUGUUGUCGUGUCCUCAUUAGUAUUUUCAGUAUAUAAAGAAUACUACAGGGUGUCCCAAAAAAAACGGAAACUAUUGAAAUCACCAAUAACAAUUUAAUUGUUAGAAUUUGAAUGCCUUAGCGCUCUGUUGGUUCCCACGAGUGCAUAAAUGAUUGACAUAAGUAAAUUUUAUGCAUAAAGAAACUGUUUAAGAAGCUGUUUUUAAUUCCCAGGAGCAGAAAAUCGCGCACUUUACUAGGAGAUAUUCCUAACUAAAUUCUAAUACAUGCACCUUGUCAAUAUUUUACGCAUCAUUACGUCCAGCUGUUUGGUAGGGCAUUCAAAUUUAACAAUAAGUGAUUUCUAUAGUUUCCGGGGUUUUUUAGGACACCCUGUACAGGGUGUAUCAAAAAAACCGCAACCUCGGAAUUUCCUAAGAAAUCACUUUGCAAUUCUUAAACAUAAAAGAUUUUAGGCCCCUGGGAAUUGAAAUCGAAUUGCUAAUAGAUCAUAUUACUGUUGUUAACAGUCGCUUAUUGUUCAUAUUACUGAACAAUAAGCGACUGUUAACAGUGUGAUUUAGACCUAAAUGCUUUCUGCCAAACGUACAGAUUUAGCUAAGGUAGUUUUAUAGGCCUAGGCUUGUUUACUUGAAGAAAUAAACGCUUUUGACGAGCUCUUUGGUUAUUUAUUGAACUACAUGACUUGACGUUGAUUACAUAACAUACGGUUAUUCGGGUCAAAUAGGGGUUACGAAAAAAUUCGUCAAAAAUUCAAUUCCAAGUUGCCCCAAAAUUUUAUUUGAUCAAUACCAAGCGAAAACAAAUUUCUUUGAUCUGGUUAUGAAUUUUUUGUCUGAAUCGAUGUAACAAUGGAGAUAGUUGCUGCCUAAUAUGGCAUAUAAUAAAGAGGUUCGAAAAUAAAAAAUAUUAAGAAAAUCUGUAAAAUAUUCACUUUUAAGAAAAAGUCUCUAAAUUUCGUCUGCUACUCAAUAAAUAACUCUAAUUUAUAAAACGAAAUCAUAUUUUGUGAAAUGAUUCCCAUUAUCGUGCAAAAUAGAGCGAUUUUGGUUGUGCAGUAAGAUGACCUCUAAAAACCGAAAGUGGCCUGGGAAAACCAAUUUCGACGUCUCUCUCCUUCAAUAUUUAUCCGAUCGAAAUAAAACUUUCACAACAUUAAUACUUCAUAUAGGCCUACAUUCUGACAAAGUUUGAAGGAUUUUGAAUUUUCUCAUUUUACACGUCUUACCUGACUAUUACAGACAACCCCUCUUAAUAUUUCGGAAUCAUCUUUGUAGACUAUAUAAAAAAGAAAACAAUGCAACUUGAUGCAAACAUCAGUCUAUAUAUUCGUAAUAUCAUACCUGUUCUAUACAUAUAUUAUUACGCCUUCCAGUUGCAUUGAAAACACUCAAAUUUCAAAAACGCCUAAAAAUUGUCAAUAUUUCAUGUAAAAUAAGUUGUUUUGACAAACGUUGGAAAUUUUUAGGUUCAUAUAUUAAUAAAAAAAUAUAUGUCAGUAGAAGAUGACAUAUUCUAAAUCAAAUGUCUCGAAUAUCGGUCAAAUUCAAUAGUAGAAAAUUACCUUAUGUGCACUAUAAGAACAAAAUAUCGAUAACUAUGUGUGUGACGUUUUUAAGGUGGGAUGGGGGUAGGGGGUGGGGCAGGGGGGGGGGGUAGAGGUCUCCUGUGAAACGUCCAUAUGAUGUUUCUCAUGGACAAAAUCGAUAUGUGAGGCUUCGGGCUUCCCUAAAACAGGUAUUCGUACGACGAAAUUAAACUUCUGCAUCAAAGUUUUUAUUUCUACUUUCACAUUCUUAUUACAAACCAAGCGCUUCUAAGUAGUGGAUCGGAAAUGCCUAAAAUUGUUUGUUUUUAUUAUUCAGUCAUUAUUUUUUAUUUUAUAUUUUUUUGCUUUUUAAAACUCUUUUACUAACUUAUUUAAAAACUAUUUUUUUGAAAAUCUUGAAAAACUCGCAUGUAAAUAUCAAGAUUUUGUGGGCAUCUCACUCGAUUGAAUAACAAUUGAUUCCUGUCAGAAUACGUAUUAUUAUAUACCAAUUGUCAAAGUCGCAUUUUUCUUGUGUUUUAUUGGUCGAGAGCAUAUCACGUGAGAGUGACGAAAUUAGACUGUCUCCCUCGCAACAGUGCGAGAGGGAAACAAUACGUUAUCGACCGGCGAAUAACGAAAAAAAAUCACGCGAAUAUGCGACCUUUGGACAUGCCUAUAGUAUAUAUAAUUACACUGACCUGAAAGGUCAAGUGUCUUAAAUCCCUAGUUUUCUGUUUUCUUCUGUUUUUUUCGUCGUCGAGAAAUCGAGUUUGCGUUCGCGCAUCGCAGGCUCAGGGUGCAACAAUUAAUCCAAAAUGCCACCGAUUCUUCGACUCCACGAUUCAUAUAUAAUAGUAAGAAGCUUGUAUUUAUGUACGUAAUAGCCGGCUCAUGCCAUGCUUGUGGUGCAUUUUUCGUUUAUUAGCCCAUAUAUAGACUUAUAUGGACUUAUACGCACGCGCACAAAUCCGAACUCCAAUGGUAACAUAUUCAGUCCAGUUUCAAAAUGGCGCCUUUUGGCUGAGUGAUCAGAAUAUAUUUCACACAGUUUCGUUGAAUUUUCAAAGAGUUGUGCCGGUUUCCUAUGGAGUUUACGUUGUGUUGCACUCUGAACUUUCUUGCGUGUUGAAUUAAUAUGUUUUUCUUCGUGUAACGACUCGAAAACCCCAAAAUUUGGACCCAGUGAAUUUUACAAAGGACAAGUUAAAGGUUUGACAGUUUGACUUUUUAACUAAUAAACAACUGUCCAUAAAUAUACGUUGUAGAGUCAUAAACAUCCGUGAUGUAGUUGUGUUCAUUUUUUGUCGCACUCUGGACUUUCUUGCGUGUUGAAUUAAUGUUUUUCUUCUUGUAUUAAACGACUCUAAAAUUUGGCUUCCAAAAUUUGGCCGACCCGGCGGAUUUAUACAAUCAAUAUGUUGUAUUCAACGACACGAAACCCCAAAAUUUGGACCCGACGCGAAUUUGUACAAUAUAGUGGGAUGUAAGCUUGGACAAGUUAAAGGUUCGACAGUUUAUUUUGAUUUAUUGUAUGGUUCUCACUUCUCAUUUGCCUAAUACAAUAACAUUUAGUUCACAAUACAAUAUAAACAAGGGCAAGUUAAAGAUUUGACCAUAUUAAAAUACAUGUAUUGAAAUUCGCGCAAUAGCUAUUAGAAUUCGCGCAAGUAAAGAUAAAGCGAGCGUUCGUUCAAAAUACCAAAAAGAACUAAGACAUUUAUUGUAUGGUUCGCAUUUGCCUAAUAGAAUAACAUUUAGUUCACAAUAUAAUAUAUUUAUAUAAACAAGGAAAAGUUAAAGGUUUGACAGUUUCACUGCACAAUGUCGACAAUAUACCUUAAUACAUGUAUUAAAAUUCGCUCAGUAGCUACUAGUUGGUGCGCCAAACGCUUUGUGGUGGCUAUAGCCUACUAAAGAUAAAGCGUGCCUUCAAAAUACAUACAAGAAUUAAGACAUUUAUUGUAUGGUUCUCAUUUGCCUAAUACAAUAACAUUUAGCUCGACGCGAAUUUUAACUAGUAUAUCAUAUUUCAUAAUAUAAUGAACAAUGUAAACUAGCCAAUUCUUUUCACCUACAAAAUGUCGACAAUAUACCUUAAUACAUGUAGUAAAAUUCGCGCAGUAGCUACUAGAGUUCGAUCAAGUAGUAAAGAUAAAGCUUGCAUUCAAAAUACCAAGACAUUUACUGCAUGGUUCUCAUUUGCCUAAUACAAUAACAUUUAGUUCACAAUAUAAUAUAAACAAGGAAUAAUCUUUCGAUUUGGCUACACUGUUUGCUCGUUUUGAAUGUAUAUUGAUCGAUUUCAAUAAUCGAUGUACAUAUCAGUCUGCUCGAUUCGAGUAAGUGUUGCCCGAUUUGUAUCAUUGGUGAUUAUUUUGGUGUUCGACUUAUAACUAUUGGACCUAUUGAAUUUUGACAGUAAAAACGCGCCAUAUUAAUAUAUAAUACAUGUAUUAAAACUCGCGCAGUAGCUACUAGCCUACUAGAAUUGGCGCAAGUAAAGAUAAAGCGUGCGUUCAAAAUACCACUGGCAAUGAACAAGAACUAAGACAUUUGUUACGAAAUCUGCUACAAAAUGACGACAAUAUAGCAUACAGUGUUGGAUUUUUCUCAUGUGUAUAAUGUAGCAUAACUGCCAUAACACAUGUAUUAAAAUUCAUGCAGCAGCUACUAGAAUUCGCGCAGCGCUGGGUGCGCAAAAUUGCAAAAGGCCGUUUGUGUUAGCUAUAGUAAAUAUAAAAUUUAUGCUACAAGGAUCAAGGUAAUAAAUGGCAAAUGAACUAGCUAUUUCAAGUUAAAACUGUAAUGUAUGAUGAUUCUUUUGAGAUAACAAUGAGAAGAUGAAGCGAACGAAGAAGAAAAAUUCCAGUCGGUGGCCAAAAAGGCCGUUUUCCGUGAAGUUUAAAUUGCCCUGUUAGUACAUUUAAAAUGCACGUAGUAGCCUAUAAUAUGUGCGUGGAACGCAUAUUACCUCGCCCUCGACGUUUUACCCUCGCCCUCGACGUUUUACCCUCGCCCUCGACAUUUAACCCUCGACACUCGACCAAUAGAUAAACUCCACACGACAUAUAGGGACACUCAAGGUUGCACUAAUUGCAUCGUAUAGGGUUGAAAAGUUGCCAAUGAUAAAGUGGUAAUUUCUGCCUUCUGCUUUUUGUUGUCAAAUUAUUGAUUUCCUUUGGAUAAAUCUACCAUAUCUACCGCUGAAACUGUUCUAUACGAACUCUCUUGCUCCCCAUUCGCUUGUCUAUUACACCAUAGCCAAUCUCGUUCCCCGAGACUGCGAUCCUCGGGAAGGAAACGAAGGCUCUGGGAUAAUCUGUUGCCGAAAACCAGGAAUUCUGGCUAAGAUUGAACUGCACAUUCCAUAUCAACGGCCAAUCAGAUUCCUCCCUGAAACGGAUUAUCCCAGAGCCUUCGUUUUCUUCCCAAGGACCGCAGGCCCAGGGAACGAGAUUGCAGCAUAGCGCGCAUGUCAUCAUUUUCAGGUCAGUGUGAACGCCUGAGUAGGCGUCUUGUUUAUUAAACUUUCGCUUUAAGUAACUGCAGUGUUUAAUUUAACGUUUUAACAAUAAAAUAUUUCAUGUAUUUACGUUCACUUGUUCUUUAAUUUGUUGUUUCUUUGACUAUUGAUAUAUAACAAAACACUUAUUUACUGAGACCUCGGCAAAGCAGUGUGUUUUGUGGACCCUCGACCAUCGACGCUUCCCUGGGCUUCGCCUCGGGAAACAUCGACGGUCUCGGAUCCACCGAACAUGCUGUUUCCCUCGAUAUCAUGCAGUAAAUAUAAGUGAUAAAAUUGUUUUUGUUUGUGGAAACACCACGUAAAUUUAUUACUGCCAAGCUUUCGAUCCGUAAGCCCGGAUCUUCAUCAGUGCUAAUAAUAUGUGCUAAUUUUGCUUUCCACAAACAAAAACAAUUAUAUUUUAUCGCCAUGCAAACAUUCAAGAACUUAAAUAAGUGAUAAUUAAUAGCUGCAUUUUUCGCAGCUGUUCCUGGUCCAAUGAUAAAAUGUAUAUAAUUUCUAUCUACAAAGCCCAUCAACUAUUCAAUCGAAUGAGAUGCAAACAAAAUCUUGAUAUUUACUUAGUCAUCCCCGAGCCGACGGCGCGAAGCGCCGUGCGAGGGAACUAAUUCCCCUCGGCUAUUUACACCCGGGGAAACGAAAGCAUUAGCGAAGUCUAAAGUUCAUCAAUUAUCGCGGGCGUGGGUGACCAACGAUGUUGGUGUGUUGGGUGGGUGGUCAUACUCACUGUUCUCAAAAAUAUGGCGGAUUGUCAUGAAUAGCGGACACUGAUUGGUCCAAUUUAAAGUUUGCGUUAUAACGACUGCAUGACGACAGCGAAUUAGCAAACAUUUCUUGAUUUGAUGAUUGAUAAAUUUCUUGCAAAUAUAUUUCAUUUUUGCUCGCAUUUUUGCAAGAUUUUGUAAAUUUCAAAAGCUCUCUCAGAAAGAAACUGCGAAAGAAUCGGCUAAAAGAAGGGAGCCGACGUUAACGAAGGUAAGUUUGUUUUAAAUAUUUUAUAUAAUGGCUUUAAAACCCUACGGCAUUUGCGUAUAUGAAACAACUAAACAAGACAGCAUAUAAUUUAAUUUUCAAUGUAUCUUUAAUACCUUUUUUAUGAUAUUGAAUUUUUUUUAAUAAUAAAGAAGUUAUUUGCAAGCGAGAAUUUGAAAUCAUUUUAUUGCAAACUCAAAGUUUAUCGAUUAUCCCCAGUGAACUGUAAUAACACUGGAACGCUAACUGCAGAUAAACAUGCCCAUACUUGCCUGAAGCCAAAAUGGCCCUUCUCGCGAGCACGGGCAGCAAUAAAUUAACUUUCAAAAGGACUGGGGAGAGUUUCGAGGAGCGGGAAAUUCAGUCAAAAGUUUGUUUUUGAGCGAAAAUCAGCAAGAAAAUGUACUUUUUUAUCAAAAGGCUUCAACUUUAAAGAUUCAAACCUGGUUUCCUGGAUAGUUCUAAGUAUUUUACAUCCACUAACAGCAAAAACUUCCUGGGUAACAGCUUGAUAUUCAAAAUAUUACACAAGUUUGAACGUGCCGAAAAAAAAUUCGCACUUUGACUCCUGAAAAAAGAACUUUAUAACUGCUCUACGUUCUGGAAACAUGUUUUGUAUUAAAUUUCAGGUAUUGUUGAAAGUUUCUAGCUUUUUUCCUUGUUGAAAUACAGCUAUUUAGUGGUCGAAAACAGAUGUCUUUUUGGUGGCGUAUUUUCCACUCCAUACGUACAUGGCGGCCUUCAAUUUGGCUUCAAAGAUGGCCGCCAAGUUAUCGUUCCAGUUCCCUUAGAGUUCACUGAUUAUCCCCCACACACCCAGCUCCCCCUUUCCCACGCCUAUGAAAAAGUAUGAAAAAUACUGUUUGCAUUUCCGUUUCGUUCCGGUUGACUUUAGUUGCAGUGUCCUUUUAUGCAAAUUCCCAAUUACACAAUGAUCUGCAACUGACAAAGUGUUACUCUAGAACUGCUGUAACUUUAUAUUACAGGGCGGAAACAUUGAAACGAAAUGGCACAAAAAGGAUCCGUGAUAUUACUGCUUAGGUGCACACCAUCAAUUCCUGGAACAUUUCGUAUCAUACUAAAUAUUAUUUUCUGGUGUUAUACUACAACUGGCGAAAUAUUAAAGGAGAAUGAUUCGGAGUCAACGGAAAAUUCUUACAAUACAGCUCUUAGUAUUUCCAGUUCGGAAAGAUGUCAACAUAUCUACGGAAAUCUCACAUCUCAGGAAAUGGCCAGAUGUGAGUAUGUACCUAAAAAGGUUAUAGACAAACCGAACCCUUAUAUGUCAUAUUGCAUAACCCGACAGUCUUUAACAAGGUGUAUUCAAAAAGAUAAUCGAAAUUUAGCAUGCGCCAGUACGUUGGAUAUUGAGCCCUAGCUAGCCAGCGUAGCAGGCUGCCAUGCUAUUUAUAAUCAGUAGACAGUAGGGCCACUUGGUUAAUACUAAACUAACCAUACAAGUCGAUUGAAUAAAUUAUUUAACAAAUAACCGGUUGACGUAUAUGGAAUAUUCGGAAUCGAAUUUGUAAACAAAUGUAAAUAUAAACUACAACGAAGAUAAACAAAGCGGGCGUGUGUACAUAGCCAGAAGUGUUUCUUAACGACAAAUGCCGACAAUAUUAUUCCACGAUGUCGGGCAUAUUUUAUAAAGCAAAGAUAACCAAACCCUCUUUAAAUCAGUGUGCGGACAACAGGCUUUCAACAUCUCUUAAGAUGGCUAACUGUCUACUGUCUUUGAAAAUGGUUUCCGUAUGGGGAACCGAAACGUCAGACAAAACAAAACUAUUAAUUAAAUGUAAGAAAGAUCUGGAUAAACUCAAGAACAAUCUCUUAAGAUCCCGAUUUAAUUCAAUACUGUUAUGAAUGAUGUGAGUUUAAACGACGAACAUAUUUACAGCCGAACAUUCGUUACGUUAAACAUCGAACAUAUUCUGUAAUUAUUGAUAUUAUUUUUAAAUCUUAAAAAAAAUACGCCCUUUCGAGGUUCGCGAUGCCAUCUAAAGCCUGGUUUCCAUAUGGUCGUAACUGUCACCAACGUGUCACCAACCGACCAACGUGUCGCGAACGUGUCGUGUGUUUGUCAUGAAUGACUUUUACGCUUGCAUGUUUCCAUAUCGUUGUACCUGUCGUGACAAUAUCGCAAGUUAAUUUUGUACCCAGAGAUGGCACAAGCAGCUGGUGGCAGUUUUAAAAAGACAAACUGUUCCCACGUUGUCGUUUUUCUGUUUCCAUUAAAAAAUAACCGUCAGGUUGCCAGGACACGUUCUUAGCCUGUCGCAACUGUCGUCCGAGACAGAACUCGAGUCUAUCUCGACGACACUGUUGUAACUGUCGUGAACUGUUGCCAGCGUGUCGCCACAAGACUCUUCUUCAUGUUUUCAUUUGGUUGCGAACACUACUCUGACGACAGUUGCCGGCAACACGUUCGCGACAGUUACGACCAAAUGGACACAAGGCUUAACUGUCGUCAGUAGUGUUCGCGAUCAAAUGGAAACAUGAAGAAAAGUCUUGCCGCGACACGCUGGCAACAGUUCACGACAGUUACAUGAACAGUGUCCUCGAGUUCAAUCUCGACGACAGUUGCGACAGGCUACAAUCGUGUCGUGACGGUGUAGUGGUAGAAUAAUACAUAUAGAAAAAGUACAAACCAUGAGAAUAUAAACCAAUAGAGAAUAAGAGUACCUGAAUUAUCCGUCCAUACUGUUUGUAAACUACUAUUAAAUCAGAAACGAAACACCUCGGGUCCAGAUGAGUUGCCACAUUGGUUUUGGAACACCUAUGCAUAUGAUAUUGCGCCUGUGAUAACCAUCAUUUUUAACAACUCAAACAAACUGGGCAUUGUUCCUGACAGUUGGAAACUAACAAAUGUUUUACCUGUCCCCAAAGAAUCUCCUCUGACAGAAUCAAACCAAUUACGACCCAUUUCGUUGACUAAUAUAAUUGUUCGCCUUUUUGAAAGAGCAAUCUAUACAACUGAAUUAGUCCAGGUGAUGGAAAAUGCCAUCCAUAAAGAUCAGUUUGCAUAUAAAAGCGGUUAUAGCUCUACAAUGGCCCUAAUAAAAGCGCAACAUACCUGGAUGGAAUGGUUGGAUGGUAAUGCUAGUAUGGUACGCGUCUUCUCUUUUGAUUUCAGCAAAGCUUUUGACACGGUACCGCACGAGAUUUUAUGCAAUAAGCUGAAGAAGCUUCCUAUUAGUCCCUAUAUUACCAAUUGUAUCAUCAAUUUCCUAACCAAUAGGUAUCAACGAGUCGUUGUUGAUGGCGUUAAAACAGAAUAUUUGCCUAUAAAUCGUGGAGUUCGUCAAGGAACAGUAUUAGGUCCAAUACUGUUUUCUAUAAUGAUUAAUGAUAUCCGUCCUGUUCAAGCCUCAAACUUAAUUGUUAAAUUUGCAGAUGACAUCAAUCUAGGGAUUAAGGUCACAGAUGAUAGUGACGCCUCUUAUAUGGAAACAAACAAUAUUAUCAACUGGGCGGAAACAAAUUACAUGAAACUUAACUAUGAAAAGACGUGGGAGAUGGUCAUUCGCGGCAAGAUAACCCGGCCACUUCCUGCGCCUCUGCCUAUGAUUGUUCGUAAAAGUUGGUUGAAGAUACUUGGUGUUACGUUUCAAGAGAAUCCUUCCAUGUGGGACAUGUAUCUAGAUGAACUAUAAAUGAGUAAAACCUGUAGCAGAAUGUACAUUAUUCGGAUUUGCAAAUACUACGGGUUUUCUAGGAAAGAGCUGGAUCUUCUGUUCCAUAGUCUUAUUUUAUCAAUAUUAGUUUUUGGUAUAGAGGUCUGGGGAUGUGCGUCGUAUUCUAAGUAUCUUAGUCAAGUAGAUAAACUUUUAAAACGUGCAUAUAACUAUGGAUAUCUUAUGUAUCAGGUUUCGAUUGUACGUUGAUAUAUUAAACAUUAGUAUAAUUACAUAGGUGAUUAUUGAAAAUUCUCCACGCUGAUUGGUUGGCGUUGAGGUGAUUAUUACGCGAUAAUCACCUAAGCAAUUUUCAAAAUGGCGGCCGAAGCCGUUUUGUCAAUUAAAUGAUGAAAAAAUGUGUAUUUUUUAUUUUUUUUCUAAAUAAUCACCUAUGAAAUUAUACUAAAACAAUUAUUCACCUCAGGCUCGGUAAUUAUCGUGAAUAAAAACCUCGACUUCGUCUCGGUUUUUAUUCACCGAUAAUCACCUCGCCUUCGGCGAAUAAUUGUUAAAUAAAGACAGAGAUUUAUUGGAGAAAAUAACUACGGAUCCCAACCAUGCCCUGCAAGUUUUGCUGCCUCCUAGUCGUCAAUUAGAAUUACGCAAUCGCGGACAUGAGUAUGAACUACCAAGAGUUCGAACAGAAAGGUUUAAAAGAGUGUUCGUUAAUAGAUGUCUUGUUAUCUUCAUAUGAUAUUUUUAAAUUAGAAAUUAACUUUUUAGGAACUACAUUAAACAUAAUAAUAAUGGUAUUUUAGCUCUAUUAAUGAAUAAUAUCAAUACUAAUACAGUAAUUAGUAUAAUAAUUAUUGAUAAGUAAGUGCAAAUUGUAAGCCCGCGCGUUUGUUGUGAGGUGUUGCUUUUAAUAUUUUAAUAAAGAUUUAUACAUACAUACAAACAACCAAAUACACUUUUAUUUUCGUAACACCGCGGAAAAAUAUCUGCGCAUGCUCACGAACAAAAGUGGCGAAAUUUAAAAUAAAUUUUAUUACUCAAUACAAAACCAAAGCUGUUUAUUCACUCGGUGUAAGUGAAAACAACAAUAAAAUACAGAAAACGGGUAGAAUAGACCUUAAUCAGGAAGAUAUAACAUUUAGAGGAUAUAAAGAAGUAUAAAUUAAAUUUGAAAAGUCUGGUUUGAACGGAGAUGUGUCGAGCACUUUGUGCAAAAUGACCAACGUAAAAAAUAAGCGAACUCUUAAGAAGAAGGCUCUACCUAUCCUAAAUAUUCCGAGUGAGUCAUAAAGUUUAAUUAUUGUUUAUCCAAAAAUAUUUGAUUCUAUACCAUAUGAACCUACGAAAAAUAUCUUGGUAUCGUUCAGUUAAAGAACUGUACAUACAAUAAAUUUAUCGACAGUCAGCAUUGGUUCAUUUUCUUGCAUAAUACUAUUUUUUGAACAUGUAGAGUGUAAUUACUAGAUUUUAGGUUGUCACAUUCAUGAUUUCGCUUGCAUUUUCACAGAAAAGGCAUGCAAAACAUCGAAGUUGCUCCCAACCUCGUUCCCAGGGCUUCAGUGUGAGGACGAGGACGAGGCGUGAUUUAUUUUAAACAAGUUAAAAUAAAUCACUACCAGUAUCUUACAACAAUUCAAAACCAUGGCAAGUGUUCUUUGAAGAACUAAAGUCGUAAUAAGCUUAAACAACGGCAUGAGUCAUGUUUGACGGCAGUAAUGUCUAUUUCUAAAUGUCGAGCGGAGUACUGGAUCCAAAUGUACUGAUUUUCGUGCAAAAGUCGCCGGUGUUUCCCAGAGACUCAAGCCUCAGCAAGCCUCCACAGAGGAUUGCGGGCUCUGGUUUCGAGAUUGGAGGAAGCCCUGGUCUGUGCCGAUUACGUGACGACAAAAAAUGGCAGUAUUUGACAGCUACUCGUCAAGGAGUGGCGAGAUAUUCUUUAAUGAAAUCAAAUGAAAUAUACAAGUCUUCGAAACAAAUAAAUAGCCAAAAGUCUUCUCAAUCGAUAUUAUUUAUGUGUGGAGCGAAGUUUGGCACGAAUCAGUUGAAAUCUCUGAAGAUCCCGUCUAUGUUUUCUAAGAUAUACUGAUAUUUCUGGAGAUUUUCAACUACAGCGGGCAAAGCUGCAUCCAAGCUGCAUCUAGGCGUCUCCAUGCAAGUGGUGAUUCACGCGAAAUUUCCUUUCUCUCGUCUUCAACAAUAUGGCUAUUGUUAUAAUUAAUAUUUAGUUUAAAUAUGCUCUUAUAGAUCUGACUUAGUUCAAUAUAAAUAAACACAAAUAUAAAACCUCGCGUAACCUGUUUACGCUGUACACGUAUAUACGGAUUCGCUUGUUUCGCCGGACACCAACACUUGCCGUUCAGGAGCAAUGCUUGUCUACAAAUUUUAUCCUCUUCACAAUCUUUGUUUUAUUUUAUCGUAUAGUCGCAAAUUUCAAGUAUUCGGGGUAUUCUGAAACUGUAAAACUGGGUGGCGUGCGAAUCUUGUAGAGACUACAUUGGCCUAGGCGUAGAGCUAUUAAGUAAACAGGGCCUAAAUUAAUUUAGUAGUUUCAUUUAAUUGUUUGUGUUGCUUUUAUUUGUCAGUACAGAAUAUUGUAAAUUAAAAUAUUACUACAAUGCAAUACGCGUAGUAUUUCAUCAAACAUCCGCACUAAUAAAUACUGUACAAGAAAAACUACAGCUUAAAUAAUAGUAGACGUUUCUUGUUUUGUCAGGAAACAUCACAGCUCACUUCAACACGGCUUUUGAGUUUUGUAACCGUCGAGACGAAAGUAAAUCAUGCAGUCGGGAAAAAGUCUUUCUUUGAAAGAUUAUUUUGCAAAACACACAAGAAUCAUAAAAAUACAAAUGUUGAAUUGUUAUUGUCAACUGUCAAGUUCAGUUAUUUUUAGACAAUAUGGUGUUAGCCAAUCAGAAUGCAAAAUUGACCGGCCCAGACCAGGGCUUCCUCGUGUCUCGCCUCGUCCUCACACUGAAGCCCUGGGAACGAGGUUGAGUUGCUCCUUGUUGCUUCCAUUUUGAGUUUUUGGCAACCUUCGGAACACUUGACACCACGUUCACAAGGCAAGUUUCAGUAAGGAUAACGCAUGCGCAGACGUUUUUCCGCGGUGUUAGUUUUAGUUAGUUGAGCACAUAUAAAAAUUCGUUACGCGCAUGAGCUAAAAUGCUGAGCUAAGUAUACUGGAACAUUUAUAUAUCUUCGACAUCCUCCGGGGACCGGGGGCGGCGUAUUCUGAAAUUUUGUUGGCUGUUCUCGCGGAUGAGGUUGUUACUGGUCUCUUCUAACCGAUCUCUCUUGUUCAGCAGAAUUAUUGACGAGGUUUUCUUGACCACAGUUGCUUAUCUCCGUUUCUUCGUCUUCGUUCGUUGACAGUUCUAGUGGGUAUAGUUUUCAAAUUGGUCUGUUUGUAUUGCUCUGUGCUCGUUUGAAUACUCGCUGCUCGAACCAAGUAAUAACCUCCUCGAAUGAGAUCUUGGGGUGUCAUCAUGGACUAGAACUAUGUCUCCUUUCUUGAUAAUCUGUUUAUUGUCUCGGCUAGAGCGAUGAAAUUCACGUAGCGGGGUUACAUAUUCGUAGCGGGGUUACAUACUCGUACCUAGGAUCUUUUUGGGAAAGACCCUGGUAUAGCCUGGUCACGUGAAUCUACAAAAAUCUGGAGGAGUGACAAAGUAUCAAAUUGCAUGCUUCCACAUAAAAACGUUAAACUUCAAUUACAAGGAGUGGGAUAUUUUGUAUAAUGUAGCGAUACAUAGUUCGAAAUUCCGGCUAUGGAAAUUUCACAGCGCUUUUAAUAACAGUCGUGGAGUAGUAGUAGUCAUUGUUUAUAUGCAAGGUGUCCGUUUGUAGUUUGCGAUAUUUCAGAACUCAAAAAAUCUCUCUAUUUGGUCCUAUUUCGUUACAAUUCCACAUCUCUGUAUUAAAUAAAAUAAAUCCUUUAGUUUAAUUAAGAUAGACUUCAACAGCUAAAUGACAGCCACAUAGGUCGGUCUAGAAAUAUAUUUUCUUGUUUAAUAGUUUGCGACGAGUGCUUUCUUCGACGAGCGGGAUAGCAUACUUUGUCUAUUGAAAUCUAAUCUAUCUUUGCUCAACGACAUUCUGCGUACAUGCGCACAAUGGCAUUUGAUAUUCCUUGAUAUAUCCUGCAUGAUUUCUGCGUUAUUUCUUCGCUAAAUCCUUGCUCAAUGUCAAUGACAAAACGUACUUAGUCACCCACCCUGAUUGAAAUCUAUUGUUACCUCCCACAUUCUGGGAGACACGUGACCAGAUAAUACCAUGGUAUUUUCUCAGCAGGUGGCCGUGGCACCAGAGUGUGAGAGGAAUUAGUGUGGGUACGAGGUUGUCGACGUCGAACAUCUGAUCGCACUUCCAUAAUCGGAAAAUAAAAUCGGAGACAAGCGUAUCAAAGACAAGUAUCGGCACAGAGAAACACUUGAAUCAUGGCACACUGCAUACACAAAAGAACUCUGACAACAAUUCAAAACAUUUACCGCAUUAAUCUUAUAGGCGGAACUGUGAUAUUUGUAAUUUUGUAUCUAUAUGUAAUUGUAAACCGUUGUAAUUGUCACACUCUCAUUGUAAUCUACCCGUUGAAGACUGCAGACGCCAAGGCGAAAGCUGGUACUAAAUAAAUGUUAAAAAAACAGAGAACGUCUACAAAGUUUAACUUAUUAUGAAUAAUAAUAAUAAUAAUAAUAAUAAUAAUAAUAAUAGUCUUUAUUAAAAUACUCAGAUACAUCUGUCUGAGUUUACAAUCGAAAUGUAAUUGAUCUAGAUAGUUAUAUUUACAAUGUAAGUUAAGAAGCGUAAAAAGAUUUAAAAAGUUUUAAAUACAUUAAAGUCUAAACAAAGUUAUACAGACAACGAUUUAUGAACAACCUUUUGAAUCUUUCUGUUCUCACUAGGGGGAGUUCAUACUCAUGCCCUCUAGGCCUAAGUAACCUACUUCUUUUUUCCGGCAGCAGUUCAAGCAACGCAUUGUCCUCAGUUGAUGUUAUUUUGUUCCACAGUUUCUUAUCUCUCUUAUCACGUAUUUCUUUAAUGUGUGUUCGUUUUGAUAUAUAACCAUUCUUAUGUGUACGUUUAAUGAAUUUAUCUAUUUGGUUCAAAUAUUUACCGUCAUAUGCACAACCCCACAGCUCAAUAGCAAAAGUGAAUAUCGACAUAAUUAGGCUAUCAAACAGCAGAUCUAAUUAUUUAAUUGAUAGUCCAUAGUAUUUGCAAACUCUCAUAAUGUACAUUCGUCCACUUGCUUUUUUGAGCAUUUCUUCGAAGUGCAAAUCCCAGUUGCACGGAUUAUCUUGUAGAGUAACUCCUAAAAGCUUUAGCCAUGUUUUUCGCUUAAUUGAAGGGAUAAGCUCGGGCAAAACUACAGAGGUGUGUCUGCGAACAACCAUUCCGUACGUUUUUUCAAAGUUUAAGGGCAUUCUAUUCUCUUCCGCCCAAUCCUGUAAACAGGCAGCUUCAGAUCGAGAUGUGUCACCACUUUCGUUGCCAGGCACUCCUAACGUCAAAUCGUCAGCAAAUUUGACUAACGCAUUACUAGGAUCAGCAGUUUUAAUAUCAUCAACCAUUAUUGAGAAAAGAACUGGGCCUAAAACAGUACCUUGAGGGACACCACGAUUAAUAUAUAAUAACCAUCGUUUCGCUACAAACACAUUCAAUUGUAUAUGCUUCGUUCUCAAAUGAAUACAUGCCCUCGUUCAAAUAAACCUAGUUUCAUGCAAAUCACUUGUAUAUGGAUCGUUCUUGAAACAACUGAACAUGAAAUAUAUUUGCUUCUCAUAAGCCACGCACAACUUAACAUGAAAUAUAUAUACUAUAUAUAGAAUUGCCAUAUUCAUUUCAUCCACGCACAAUAGGGCCAUUUAUACGGAACAAAAUAAGACGCGACUUACAUAAGACGCGACUUAAGUAAGACGCGAGUUUGUCGUAUAAAAGGUACAAAAUUCUUAUGUAAGACGCGUCUUGGAUAAGACGCGUCUUACAUAAGAACAGGUCUUUUAGCUGUUCUUAUUUAAGUCGCGUCUUAAAUAAGAAAUUUUGGACAAAAAGUCUAACUACACAUGCCAGAAACUUGAAACAACGUAAAAUUUAAUGCCUUGCAUAUUAAAACAAAAACAACCAAAACAACAUUAUAGCUAUAGCAAAUAAAUAAGACCAAAGCCGUAGAGAACAAUUUAUGCGAUAACUCCACUUAUUUAAGUCGCGUCUUAUGUAAGUCGCGACUUAUUUUGUCACGUAUAAAUGGCCCUAUUGUCAAAGUCAAUGACAAGGCUUUACAUGAAAUAUAUAGAAUUGUUUCUUUCUUUUCAAAAAAACAAGCACAACUGCACUGUUAAUUUCAGGGUGUUAAAAUAACACCUCGGGUGGUGUUAGAUUAACACCAACUAGUGGUGUUAAACAAAGGUGUUAUUUUAGCACCCUUUUUCGGUGCUAAUUUAACACGACAUAAAUAAAAAUAUUUUGCAAAGUGUUAAUUUAACACUCAAAUAGUUUAACACCACUUUAGAGGUGUUAAAAUAACACCCACUUAAGGACAGGUGGUGUUAAAAUAACACCGGUUUCUGGUGCUAAAUUCUUGGUGUUAAAAUAACACCAUAAGUGGUGUUAAGAAUUUGUAUUCCCCAGUGUUAAAUUAGCACUGUUUGUGGAGUUAGAACAUGGGUGUUAAAAUAACACCUUUUUGGUGGUGUUAAAUUAGCACGCAGCACGAGUGUUAAAAUAGCACCUUUUUGGUGGUGUUAAAUUAGCACUGAGCACGGGUGUUAAAAUAGCACCUUUUGGUGGUGUUAAAACUGUUUGUGCAGUUAGAAUAACAUAUAUUCUUAAACUAAAACACUUUUACAGUAUAACACGGUCUAUAAACACACGUUUUGAGCCUGGUCUACCGUCACAGGCUAGGGCUGGCCGAUUACAGGUAUUUCGCCAAAUUAAUUAAUUGGCAAAUAUUUAUCCGAAUAUUAUUUACUGUUAGCAUGAAACAGCCUCAUAUUAAUUGCUGGCAAAUUAUAAACCAUUUCACAAAUGAAACAUUUGAAUUCAGAAGUUAAUACUUUUAGACAUAUAAAUAAUAAAUUAACAGAAAUACUGAAAUAGUUCCCAUGUCACAUGCAUGUUCCAUGUAUGUUUAUGCAUUUCAUCAUACAGAUUGGAAACUGGCAAAAUUGGACCUCAAAAUAUCGCAUUUCAAAUAUUAUAACACGCUAUAAUUUGCAGCAGUAGCAACACAAUAUGAAGAUAACACACAAUGAAGCCGAAAUAUUUGAAUAUUCGCGCGCCGCAUGAUCGAGCUUUCAACCAAUGAGUAUAGCGCCGCCGUGAAAUCUAAUACCUUCUUCUCACAUCAAUACUGGCAUUUAUAUAGUUUGUGAUCGUUUGUAUGGGAAUAUAUCUGCUCUCUGAUAUCUGCUAUUGUGGUAGUGAUGGGCGAUACCGAGUACUUGGUAUUCGAUACCAGCGAUACCACAAACAGCGGUAUCGGUAUCGAUUACUGACGUGGUAUCGUUCGAUACUUGCACCCUUUUUUUAACGACUUGUUUAAUUUCACUUCUUGGUUGAAUAAGACUUAAUGAACCACUAAAAUAACUCUUAAUAUUCCAAAUGUGGUGCGCCAAGUCAUGUAUAGAAAAUAUUUAUUACGUUUCGGACUUUUGGUUUACAUAUAGCUUUAUUUAGGUUACAUACAGUAAUGAAAGAUGUUUUUCCGCUGACCGGUAGGUAUCGAAAGUAGCCGAUACUAGCAAUUUAAGUACUCACUUCCGGUAUCGAAAAUUGAAAUUUUGUGUUUAUUUUGGUAUCGAAAUAGGUAUCGGUAUCGGCCGAUACCGAUCUUAAAAGUAUCGGUAUCGGUAUCGAAUUAAAAAUCCUGGUAUCGCCCAUCACUGUGGUGCGAGGGUUCUAUUAGGAUUGCUUCUAAGUGUCAGUGCGAUGGAAGCGAUACAAACUGAUUAAAAUGGCUUUAGUAUAUUCAUAUUUCAAGCAUAAAGAUGGCUUUAAAACAGUGUGAGGAAGAAGCGAGCAAGGUUGCUGUUUGUAUUUGUAUUUGAAUGACAAAGGUCUGGCCGCCAAUGCAAUUCAAAACGUGUGGUUCACAGCGUCAAUGCUUUAGAAUUAGUUCGCCUGUAACUUCAAAGAUGUGAUAAAUGUCGAAAGGAAUAAGGUGAGUUAUUAUAAUACUGCGAGAAUUAUAGUGAUUGUUGUCUGCGAUUGUCGUAUUUAUAAUACGACCGCCAUUAUGCUGAGGCUAUUCUCAUUGCCAUUGCAGUCUCAGUUAAGAAAACGUGCGCGCGUUUUGAUUUGCAAGUGCUGUAGUUUUGUCUGAUUUAUCUUGCGUUUACUGCUUUCAUUUCAAUUAUAAAGACAAGUAUUUUAGAACCUGAGAUGGAAAAUCGGAAAAUGGCUGUUAAAGCCUAUGUGUAGUUCUCAUUCAUCGCAAACCGUCGGCGAUGGGAGCUUUGCGACGUCGGCGACCGCUUUCGAUUUAUGAGAACACAUCAAAAAUUAUAUCGCCGAUUGUCCAUGAUCGUCGCCGACCAUCGGCGAUGACAUCGCAGGAAACAAAAAUGUUUGUUUCUUGCGACCAUCGCCGACUGCCACCUGCUUGAAAAAUCUAUGAGAAAUGAGUAAAAGUUGUUUUUUCCUCAACAAGCAAGGAAAUAAUCAACUGAAGUUUGACAUAAAUCAUGAACUUUACGUUGAACGGGGCCAUUUUGUGCCUUGGUGGGAAAUUUCGAAACACAUCGUCUGUCAUCUGCGACGUUCACCGAUGUAUGAGAACUUUCGUACAUUCGCGGUCGGCGAGCAUCGGCGAUAAGCGUCGCCGAUCGUCGGUGACAGUUUGCGAUGAAUGAGAACUAGGCUUAAAUGCCCAACCUCAACUAUAUCAUAUACAUAUAGGAAUGCAAGAUUUUGUGCAUUCUAUUCAAAUUACGCACAACAACACAGACCAACAAUACUUUAUUCCGAAACGGUAAUGUUUUAUAUUGAUUACUGAACGAUGGAAUUUAUUUUAUUAAUACUGUCUGUGAGAUGAGAUACAGUAUACACUACACAGCUGGACCUGAGCUGGUGUUUCAUGAAUAUUUUUGCCAACUCGAAUUUUAUAUUUGAUUUUUAACCAUUAAUUUAAGCUGCAAUGUUCCUAAAUAUACCUUAUUUUAUUGUUUUAUUCUGGCUAACGCAGACAAUUUUUAUCUAAUUUGCCAAGGGGAUCUUAUACCGUAAACCUCCGACUAUAAGCCCUGGGCUUAUAUACUUUCGUAAGCGAUUUUUGAUGGGCUUAUACAAGGGGGGGGGGUUAUAUAUGCGGGGGGCUAAUACAUGGAUGAUCUUUUGUGUUAGUAAUAAACAAAUCAGACAUAAACAAGUCAGUCAUAAACAGGAAAAUAUACAUCCAUUAAUAACAUGCUUUGAUUAACAUAACAUAUAGUCGGCUAUAAAGACAAUGACAAUGUUUUUAAAUAUCGUUCUCUGCUAUAUUAAAAGACAAUCAAAAUGUUGAAUAACGUACUGGGCUUAUAUUCGGGGACUUAUAUUUGGGGGGCUUAUAUUUGGGUGUGCUUAUGUUGGGGGGGGGGCUUAUAUUUGGAAUGAAUUGAGCGUUAGUAUAUGUGGUGGGCUUAUAUUCGGGGUGGCUUAUAGUCGGGGGGGGGGCUUAUAGCCGGAGGUUUACGGUAUAAUGACAGAGAUAAUUUUACCUAUCAUUGGGCUAUCAAUGGGAGAGUCCUGAGUAUUAAUAUUUAAGAGUGAAAAUAUUGAUUAUGAUAUAAUGUUCACAUUAUAAAAUCCCCAAACAUAAUUCUCUUUCUCAACCAUGUCAAAAGAUACACUAAACCUAAUAAGUUCUUAUUGCAACAGAUUCUCAUUUUAAAGUAGAAUAAUUGCCACAUGUAGCACUUGUUAAGGUGAGAUAGCACAUCUCUUAUCCAUCCAGGACAAAUGACCCAUUUGACACAGUUAAUUAACACUAUAAUGGGGGUAAUUUUUCUUUCUUAAAAUGGCAAUGUAUCGAUAUGAUUUUUCAAUGGCAAAAUGCAAUUGGACUGUACGGGCCAGUCUGUACCAGUGACUAAUUAUAUAGUUAAGCUAGGUGACACUUGCUCGAUGGCUUCCCUGUUAGAUACUGUACUCCUUUUGAAAACUAUUAAUUGCUACAUGUAGUGUUAAGGUGAGAUCAUGGCACAUCUCUUAUCCGUCCUGGACAAAUGACCCAUUUGACACAGGUAACAUUAUAAUGAAGUAGUUUUUCAUUCUUGAAAUGGCGAUGUAUUGACAUUAUUUUUUAAUGGCAAAAUGGAAUUGAACUGUAACAGUGAUUAAUUAUAUAGUUAAGGGACACUUGCUCAAUGGCUACCCUCUGUUAUAUACUGUGCAUACUCCUUUUGAAGUAAUUAAAAUUGCUACAUGUAGUGUUAAGGUGAGAUGGCACAUCUCUUAUCCUAUCAUUGCAUGUGAUCAAUGCUUAUUUGUCUCAACAAAGAGAUGGUUUGCGCUCUAGCUAGCUAUCUCAUUGACAAUUAGAUAACGAGUAGCGUAAAGCCAAUCAGAAUACAGCAUUUGCAUUAGAACUUGACAACAUUUAAAAUUACUAAAUAUAUAUAUAUAUAUAUAUAUACUGUAUAGACUAAUGUGAAAAUGAAUACUUUUAGGAUGACGACCCCAUUGUCCAUUGAUGAAGAAGUGAGGAAAUCAGCCUACAGUAUAGCUAUCCUUGAAUCUUGGCAUCAGGUGACAUUGCAUCCUUGGACCCAUUGUACAUUGCUGCCGUGGGGCAAAUUUACUUGCGUUUUGCUGGUAAAAAUAUUCCACAUACUUAUUGCUACAUUCCAUGUUCUAAAUAUGGAAUACACUCCAGGUGUUUCGAGUGUUUAUGCAUUUCUAGAAUUUAGAAGCUGUCACCUUAAACCGCCCUGCUGAUGCCGAGAACAAAAUUUCUGUACAACAACUUUUAAGUGAGCUUGGACUCUGAAAUUAAUCGUGAUAAAUACUUAGUUCAUAUAAAUUCAUGCAUGUUAAAGGUAUUUCUUGUCAGCGAGUAAUUUAUAAUAAUAACCAAUUUUGAACCUAUAUUUCUCUUUUGUGUGUGUCUUAAUGUGCCUGGUUGAAAGUGUUAAAUCAACACCUUAAAUCUGGUGUUAUUUUAGCAGCAGAUAGGAAGAGGUGUUGCUUUGGCACUGCCAAAUCAGGUGUUAUUUUAACGCCACACUAUAGGUGUUAAAUCAACUCUUAAAACUGUGUCACUUUAGCACUUAAAAGUGGUGUUAGUUUAACACUAUAAACAGGUGUUAAAUUAACUCCAAAAACUAUUGCUAAUUUAACACUAAAAAUGGGUGUUGUUUUAGCACCAUAACUAGUGUUAUUUUAACACUUUUUUAGUGGUGUUAAAAUAGCACCAAAAAGUAGUGUUAUUUUUUACCUAAUUUUUUAACACCACUUUUUGGUGUUAUUUUAACACCCUAACAUUAACAGUGUGUACAUCGAAUAUAUUUACUUCGAAUAAGCCACGCAGAACUUUACGCAACAUGAAAUAGCAUAGAGAAUUGCCUCGUUCUAUUAAAAGACCACGCACAAUUAGCUGAUCACCGAAUAUAUUUACUUCUCGCUAACCACCACGCGCAAGUGACAAGACUUAUAAGUAUAGGUAAUAGCAUGGUUUCGAGUGCAAUUUGGAUAUAACAUGCACGAGUGAGUUUUUCAAAGACCUCGAAAUAGCACGAGUCCGAAGGACGAGUGCUAUUUGUGGUCUUUGAAAAACUCACGAGUGCAUGUUUAUCCAAAUUUCACGAGAAACCAUACUAUUACUUAUUAAUAAUUUACAUAAAAAUGUUCGAGACAAUUGUAGUUUCAACUUACGCGUUUAUAGCGAACAUUCCACCGGCAAACUUUUCCUGGCUUUGUUAUAUCACAUUAUGCAACGCUAACAGCUUGAAAAUUCCACUCAACUAUGUAAUUUUUGUUAGUCUUGUUUAAGGUCAAUGCUUUUCCAUUUAAAAAUAAAGAUAAAAGCCAUAUUUUUCACGCGAAAGCAACUUUUACUUCAGUGUAGCGCGGCGCCAUGUUUGUUUUGUUUUGAAGCAAUCUGUGACCGUUACUUCUUUAAACUAAAUUGCUUUAAACUGAUUGGUUGAUUUAAUCAGCACAAUGUUUUUCCACCAAUCAGAUCAGUUUGUUACAGAUUUUUGCACUGUGAUUACAGAAAAUUGCACUGUGAUUACAGAAAAUUGCACUGUGAUUACAGAAAAUUGCACUGCUGUUUGGGAUUAACUGCACUGAAAUCAACCAAUCACAGUCGAGUAAUAUCUUUAUGUAUAUUAUUAUGAAAUAUAUAGAAUAGCCUCGUCGUAUUAUAAAUUCAGGCACAUGCAACCUCAUAUAACUAAGACUGAUUCACGAAUUUUCCAUUCAUGUCCAAUGGACGGAUCCGACGAAUCUAACCAUAUUGUUCUCCGUUGGUCUCAGAUGGAGUAGAUUUGACAGUAUUUGACAACCCUCGCGGAAAUUUGUCCUACGACUCUUUCCUUGUAUUUACGCAUGUCCGCUGUGCAAACCGAUAGAUAUAGCCAGUAACAGAAAGUAGUUUUCUUAAUGAACUCUAUCCAGAUGCAUCAAUAAUGAGGUGAAAUCGCAACAUCGUGUCAUUUGGAGUGGUUUCGCUGGGAAUGGUUGUGGGUGGUUCUGUAUCAUUUUCUUCGAAGACAGAUAGGUUAAUGGUGUGUGAGAAUUCCACAGUGGCCAUUCUUCUGAUAUUUGCAGUAACCAUGUUGGUCCAUUAUUUCCUAGAGAAUAUGAUUGUAAUAGGCAACUUGCAUGUUACCAAAACAUCAUGGGAAAAAUGGUAACCUUCACUUGCGCGCGAAAUGGCCGCCGUGGAUCGCUCCAUUUUGCAUGUGAGAAAUAUAGUUUAUUUUUAACACUUUUUUCGUAACGUUUGAAAAUUUUAAAACAAGGGAGAACUUUGUAAUGCUAUAAAGUUUGUUUUGACUCAAGUACAGCGAAAUCGAACCGAAAAUGGACGAGAAAAUUCCUGUAGAAGAACUGAGGAGCGAACAGUGUGCUCAUAAAUACGUUCCAAGAGGAAGGCCUUCCCAACGUUUUAAGGUGAGCGCGCUUAGUAAACAUCGGACAGAUUUACAAAUUUGUGUGUGUUGUUUCUUGAUGUAUAUCUCGUAUUUUGACAACGAUCGAGUGUUUCCUGCCGAUUUUUUCGCUUGUUGAAAUCGACUAAUUCAUGACAAAAUGUCUGUCGGUCGUUCGAUCAGCAUGGCGCUCAAACACAAUAUUUUAAAGACACCUUAAAAUGUUUUGGUGCGAACUAAAAGCAGUUCAAACCGGUUUUUUCUGCCCCGGCUCCGUUACUUUGUAGAAACGCCAAAGAGAAAUCAUUUUGCCUCUGUUGUCGCUUAUUUUUCUGCUUCCUUUGUUGUGGUCGGUUUAUUUCCUGUCAAAAUAAACAAGUAGGUUUUUAGUAUUAAAAUAUUAGGCUUAAAAUAUAUUAAAUUCGUAGUUAUAUUAACGUAGGAAAAACCGUUUUAAAUUUGCAUUUAAGGUAGUAGAAUAUAUUAUAGUCAUUUUUAAAAUUUAGUUAUUUAUAGUAAAUUUAGGUAUUUUAAAUUAAUCUUCAGGCAGGCCCUAAGGAUCAAAUUUGUAACUAGUGAAAUAAAUAAUUAAGGUGUAGGUUUAAAUAAUAUAAAUUUUUUGAUGGAUAUUGAGCCGGGUACUUCAUCGAAGGCAGAUAAAAGCAACACAGAAAAUGCAUGUUCUAAAAGAAAAUAUAAAGGAGGUGGAACAACUUGCUGUAUUCCAACAUGUAGUAGCAAUACUAAAAGAAAUCCAGAACUCUCAUAUUACCAAAUUCCAACUGACAAAAAGCUCAGAAAGAUGUGGUUGCAUUGGAUCGGACGAGCUAAUUUUACACCAAACAACCAUCACAGAGUUUGUUCAAAGCAUUUUGUUGGUGGCAAGAAGACAUGUCUUCACAAUGUUCCAACUAUAGUGCAAAAAUUAUUACUGCCCACCCAACCGAAACCCAGAACAACAUCUAAAUGCAGAAAUAGAGACAACACAAUUGAAGAGAAUCCUGAGAUAGAAGAUGAGUCCACUAGUGAGGACAGAAUUUUAGAACUUAAAAAAUAUUAGAUGUCUUUAUUACAAAUGUCCCAAACUAUUGGAAAUCUGUUAAAGUUGUAAAAAGCUUGGUGAGAUCCGACCAUGAUAUGGUUAUCACAUACCCCCGAAACAUAGUUAAAGCAACAAGGACAAAUUCCUAUUUCAGAGAUGUGAGACAACAUCAUCAAUUGAAUAUGCUUCGUGAACUUGAAUCUAUUGAUUGGAACACGAUAAUUAUGAAUAGCCAUAACCUAGAUGAGAUAACCCUAAAAUUUUAUGAAAUAAUAUGGCCAAAAUUCGAUAAGAGCUUCCCACUAAUUAAGGUCAGAACGUCAUCACGCGACCCUCCGUUCAUGUCUCCUCUUGUGAACCACCUUCUGAAUCAAAGGAAAAGAGCCAUACAAAACGGAAAUACUGAAGCAAAUACACGAUUGCAAGAAAAAAUCAACAAGUUAAUUCGGGAAAAUCAAUUAAGUGCAGUCAAACAGGAGUUUGGCAACCAGAAAACUGGAUCGAAAAGUUGGUGGUCUAACGUAAAUAGCAUUACAUCGAGAAAAAAGAAACAUGAUGUAUCUGUAAGUGCUUCUCUUAACCCUAGUGAAAUUAACAAAUAUUUUCAAAGUGUGAAUACAGACCCAAAUUAUACGACUCCCGAGCCUCUUCAAAUCUCCGAAGGAACAAGAAUUCCCUCGUUGUCAAUUCAUGAAGUUCAACAUCUUUUACGCAAUCAAAAACGCUCUUCAUCGGGUCCGGACAGUCUGCCAUAUUGGUUUUGGAAAUCGUUUGCUAUUGAAUUAGCUCCUAUUGUCACAGAAAUUUUUAACAUGUCACUAAAAACCAGCAAAGUACCUCAGAAAUGGAAAUCCGCUAAUUUAUUACCACUCCCUAAAGAAUCACCAUUAAAUUCGUGUAACCAGUUAAGACCAAUCUCUCUGACGGACAUCAUCAUGAGACUAUUCGAGAAGUGCGUGUAUAAAUCUGAAAUCGAACCUAUCACAAGAAAUAACAUUGGUCCUAACCAAUUUGCUUAUAAAAAGGGUCACAACUCGACUAUGGCUCUGAUUAAAUCCCAACAUCAAUGGCUAGAGUGGCUGGAUAAAAACGCUAAUUAUGUUAGAGUGCUGUCGUUCGAUUUUAGCAAAGCAUUUGACAGUGUGCCCCACGAUCUUUUGUUUGAAAAAGUUAAAAAGCUACCCAUUAAUCCGUAUGUGGUGAACUGGUUAAUUAGCUUUCUAGAAAAUAGAAUACAAAGAGUAAUGGUUGAUGGAAUGGUUACAGAAUAUUUAUAUAUUAAUCGUGGUGUCCCUCAAGGUACUGUUUUAGGCCCAGUUCUUUUCUCAAUAAUGGUUGAUGAUAUUAAAACUGCUGAUCCUAGUAAUGCGUUAGUCAAAUUUGCUGACGAUUUGACGUUAGGAGUGCCUGGCAACGAAAGUGGUGACACAUCUCGAUCUGAAGCUGCCUGUUUACAGGAUUGGGCGGAAGAGAAUAGAAUGCCCUUAAAGUUGGAAAAAACGUACGAAAUGGUUGUUCGCAGACACACCUCUGUAGUUUUGCCCGAGCUUAUCCCUUCAAUUAAGCGAAAAACAUGGCUAAAGCUUUUAGGAGUUACUCUACAAGAUAACCCGUGCAACUGGGAUUUGCACUUGGAAGAAAUGCUCAAAAAAGCAAGUGGACGAAUGUACAUUAUGAGAGUUUGCAAAUACUAUGGACUAUCAAUUAAACAAUUAGAUCUGCUGUUUGAUAGCCUAAUUAUGUCGAUAUUCACUUUUGCUAUUGAGCUGUGGGGUUGUGCAUACGACGGUAAAUAUUUGAACCAAAUAGAUAAAUUCAUUAAACGUACACAUAAGAAUGGUUAUAUAUCAAAACGAACACACAUUAAAGAAAUACGUGAUAAGAGAGAUAAGAAACUGUGGAACAAAAUAACAUCAACUGAGAACAAUGCACUGCUUGAACUGCUGCCGGAAAAAAGAAGUAGGUUACUUAGGCCUAGAGGGCAUGAGUAUGAACUCCCCCUAGUGAGAACAGAAAGAUUCAAAAGGUCGUUCAUAAAUCGUUGUCUGUAUAACUUUGUUUAGACUUUAAUCUAUUUAGACUUUAAUCUAUUAAAAACUUUUUAAAACUUUUUACGCUUCUUAACUUACAAUUGUAAAUAUAACUAGAUCAAUUACCUUUCGAUUGUAAACUCAGACGGAUGUAUCUGAGUAUUUUAAUAAAGACUAUUAUUAUUAUUAUUAUUAUUAUUAACUUGAAGGGCUGGUUGAAAACCUUCAGCAGGAAGAUCAAGAACAACAAGAAAAGAUAUCCGAUUUGAAGAGAAAAGUCGAACAGUGCAGUUUUUCUAUAUACCACAUUAAAAAUAAUGAUAGCGAUAUCGAGUUUUAUACUGGCUUUUCUAAUUACACUACAUUUAAGGAAUUUUAUGACUAUCUUUGCCCUGCAUGUGAAAGGUUACAAUAUAUUGGACCUUGGAAUACUACAAAGCCAACAGAAAAUCGAGAAAAAUGUGGACCCAGGAGGACAUUAUUCUUGUGCCUUGUAAGGUUUAGAUUGGGUUUGCUUGACUUAGCCAACAGGUUUAACAUAUCCGAAUCGCAUGUGUCGAGAAUUUGGGUUACCUGGCUUGAUUUCUUAUACAGACGUUUACGGUCCAUACCCAUUUGGCCUUCUCAAAGUUAUGUGAGAGAAACCUCACCACCAAGUUUUAAGGAGAGUUAUUCAAACACAAGGGUCAUAAUCGACUGCACAGAGUUGUUCAUUGAAACACCUUCUCAACCAAGAAGCCAAAGUGCUACCUUUUGAACCUACAAAAACCAUAACACUGGUAAAGGCUUGAUUGGCAUUGCCCCAAGAGGAUAUACUUAACUUUUGUUUCAGAACUUUAUGCUG